AUUAAUUAGUAAUAAUUACAAAUUAAUUGUCAAAAAUCUUCAAUUUUUCUAAUUUUUUUAAAAAAGCUCUCACUUUUUCCCUCUCUUUUCUGUCUCACUCUGUUUUCUUUUCUCAGUUAUUUUUUUUAUAUGCCUUUCAAUUCCAACGCAAGAAAUAGAUGAUAAAAAAGGAAAGAGAAAUCUUGAAGAACAAAAUGUCAUCCCAAAUGAAUAUUUUGCAUGAAUUUCAAUUUCCUGAGGCUUCAAGGACCAGAAUGAAGGUUGAUUUUGAUGGAUUCAUGCUGAUGGAGGCUUCAAAAGAUGAAGCAUGUCGAAAGGAAGAAGAGAAAAAGACUGAUGGAUUGGAGUCCAAGUAUGAUCUUCGCAAGAGUUUGGCUUGGGACAGUGCCUUUUUCACUAGUCCAGGAGUUUUGGAUCCUGAAGAGUUGUUUGAGACUUUGAAUAUUAAUGGUGGUGACAAUGGACUUAAGGAACCAAGUGCUUUACCUUCUGAAUCCAUGGCAGCAAGUAGAAUUGGUGAGUACAUUGCCCGAAGAAGUUUAGCUUGGGAUGCUGCCUUUUUUACCAGUGCAGGUGUAUUGGAUCCAGAAGAGUUGUCUUUGGUAAAUAAUGGAUAUAAGAGGUCUGAAACAGUAACACAUAUAUUGCCUGGAACUGAACAAGAGUUUUGGAAAUCUACUGAAUCAAACUCAACAAUGGAAAGUGAAUACUCCUUGUCAAGUCUUGAGACUGAUCUUUUUGAUGAUAUGAGAGCAUCCAUGCACAAAUCAUGCAAAGCGUCAGAUUUGUUGAAAUCAAGUUCCAAAUUUCAAAGUCAAACAGGCAUUCCAAAUCCACAUUCUUCAAAAAGGGUGGAUACUACUUCAAUGAGGGUUAAAACCUUGCCAGCUUCCAGAAGGCCAAAAACUACGGCAGAUGGAGUGGGGAAGACAUUAAAAGAAGUUAUCAAUCCUACAAAAGCACAGUAUGGCACUCGAAGUGGAGAACUUGAUUCAUCAUCUUCCCUUAGGCUGUCCAAGGCAUCUAACCAGGCCAACCCUUUCUCACCUGGUGCAACCAAAAGAGCUUCAUUGGGUGCAAACCAGAUGAAAAUUAACAAUAAAGUCAGAAAAGCUGUAUCUGGACAGAAUAUGUCAAAGAAACCUUGUAUUGGUGACCGUGGUACACCACCUCCCGAAUCAACUUCACGUGUACAUAUUGUCUCUAAAGAUCUUUCAGGAUCUGUUUGUGGUCACAAUGCUUCUACCCUUAAGUCUCCGAGCUCUCUUAGAAGAAAGAAUGAUUUGAUUGCUUUGGAUUCAGAUGCUCGGACUCCUUCAAAAUCCUUAACAGGGCACAAAAGCAAGCAGAUAGAUUCUUCUCAGCAAACUGGUUUGCAAUCCACACCAAAAUCUACGAGCACAUCUCUUUGUAAUUCCAUGGAUUGUUGGUCUUCUGAAACCUCAGCUUCUUUGAAUCAUGUCAACAAUGAUGCUUCUCAAGGUUUAGACACUAACUGUUCUAAUGAUCAACUUGUUCCAAGUGGAAGUAAAGAAACAAGGUUGCCACAUCAAGAUGUUGGUAGAUUCUCAAAGGGUAGUUGUCAUCCACCAUCGACUGUUUCAAGAGAAACAAAGCCUUCUGGCCUUCGACUGCCAUCCCCAAAGAUCGGAUUCUUUGAAGUGGGAAAUUCCAGGGAAUUUACUCCAAAUGGUGUGAAGUUCCAUUCUGGUUUACAAAAUAAUUGUAAAGCCAAAACAAGUGUGAAUCAUAUUAAUGGCACACCAAAUAGAUCAAGGUCUGGAAAGCUUCAAUCACCAAGAACAUCAUCAAGAACUUCAAAUCUAAAGGAGAAAAAACUGGGUUCUCUUCAAAAUGGAACCCGAAGUUCCAUGGAUAUCAAGCUUAAUUGUGCUGCAAAGCUUGAAGUAGAAAAAGCAUCACCUGGGACUCUUGAAAGCUCUCCAGCUGCAACUUCAAUGGCUGAGACUGAAUUAUCUUGUGAGUCAAGCAAUGGAUAUCGCUUGAAAAUAUACGGUUUUGGAUCAUAUGUAAAAGGAGAUUACAAGGGUAACAUUCAACCUGAAAGCAAAGAACGUGCCACUCAAUUGGUUGAAAAGUCAUCACAGGAUAAAAAAGAAGAGAUUAUAGCACCCAAACCCGAUGAAAACGAAAACUUAUUUAGUUUCAAGAGUCAAGUGGAUGUCUUAACUAAGCAGAUCGAAGCCAUUGAUGUCAAUGGGGGGGAAUCGGUGAUAGAUUUGUAAGGUCAAAAAGAGCGAGAUAAUCAUUCAAAAUGUGUUUAGCUUUGAUGUUAAUCUUGUAAAACAUGGGUGUAAAGGCUGUGUGUACUUCAAGCAUUAGAAUCAAGCUUGUCAAUUUUGCCCAAGUAAC